AUGUUCCCGCCCAGGCAGCAGGAUCCUGACAAACCAAUACGCGAAACGGACAACGAUGCAUCGCUGGCGCGUCUGUCUGCUGUAAAGAAGAAUUAUCUCUCCGAUCCAUAUGUACAAUUCUUUGUGCCACGUGCACAUCUACAGCCGCCACGUCCUCCGCUCAUAAAUAUUGGAACGUAUAUUCGAUCUGAGAGUAUUGAUCGGCUUGUCGACUCGUGGAUAAAGCUUUGCAGCUCCGAAGGGAAGUCAUGUCAGCUCAUCAGUCUUGGCGCAGGAAGUGACACGCGAUUCUGGAGACUCGCUAAUAGCGACAAUAAAAACAGUCUUGCGAAGUAUAUUGAGAUUGAUUUUCCAGAAAUUACAACUAAGAAGGCUAUGGCUAUCAAGAAGCACAGGGAGUUGAUCGAAGCGCUUGGUGGUGAAGAGCAGGUGUCACUUGCUAACGGCGGCAUAAAUCUGCAUUCUCCGAUCUACCAUCUGCUGGCUGCUGACAUACGCAAGCCGCCGUCUAUUUCUCUUGCUCCUCUUCUGACGACAUCGACCGACGGGUUCUCCCCUCUACUCGAUCCUCAAGUACCGACUCUCCUUCUCUUUGAAUGCGUUCUUGCGUAUAUGCAGCCUGCCGAGUCUUCCGCGUUAAUAGCAUGGUUCACGAACUGUUUCCGACAAUCGGCUCCACUUGGUGUAAUCGUGUACGAAAUGUUUGGUCUUGAAGACUCAUUUGGGCGCGUCAUGAAGAACAAUCUAAAGAUGCGAAACGUGGACCUUCCCGGCGCAGAAUCUUAUACCUCGUUCGAAUCGCUCCCACGCCGUUUUACUGAACAUGGUUAUAAGCUUUCAAAGGCUCGCACCUUGAAAGAUAUCAGGUAUACAUGUUUACCUGCAGAUCGGGUCCAAAGUACCAUGCAACUUGAAAUGCUCGAUGAAAUAGAAGAAUUAGAUCUAGUUCUUGCACAUUAUGCCAUCACUUGGGGCUCAAUUUGGCCGGAUGCACUUGAUAACGAUUCACCAAAGUGGCUGGCUUGGGAAUUGGCUUGGGACGCAGACGAAUAA